GAAUGCCUACAAGUUCAGGGUGCUAGCUGGAUUGAUCUCUGAAAGUAGGGUUUUCCUCUCUUAUAAAUAGCAGCUCCCUCAGUGCAUCACCAGAGAAGGACUAGGAAUAUGAUGAGACUGGGACUGGAUUUGAGUCUUAAAGUGUAAAUAACUGACUGCAACAGCAAUCCACAUGGACAAUGGAGCUCACACAAACCCGAAUGAUUUUCUAUCCAAUUCUUGCUACUGUUGCUGUGCCAGCUAACCUAUUAGUGAUUCUGAUCCUACUGCGUGGAAAGUGUGGUCUCGCCCUAUGUAUCACCUGCUAUCUGGUGGCUAUGGCAUCAGCUGAUUUAACUGUUAUUCUCACUGAUGUGAUCCUGAAGCAGAUUAUUCCACUUUAUUCAACAGAUCCAAUUGCAGAAAACAUCACCCUGUGUGGUCUCAUUGACUGCCUCACUCAUGCAGCCACAGACCUUACUGUCUGGUUCACAGUAGCUUUUACCUUUGAUCGAUUUGUGGCCAUUUGUUGUCAGAAGCUGAAAACUAAAUAUUGUACCUGGAGAACUGCAGUGGUGAUUAUCGGAACAGUGACUAUCCUGAGCUGUCUGAAGAAUAUCCCUUGGUAUUAUCGAUAUGAUCCUGUUUAUCUAUUUUUCAUACCUCUGUUUUGUAUGGUUAAAUUCAGCUACUACACCUCACCCCUGUGGAAAACAUUCAGUUUAUUUCACAGUCUGACUACCCCACUACUCCCAUUCGUUCUGAUUGCGUUCCUCAAUGCUCUGACUGUCCGGAAUAUUUUGCUGGCGAGUAAAGCUCGCAGGAGGUUGCGGGGUCAGGGUGAUAAGGAGAACCAGAAUGAUCCAGAAAUGGAGAACCGCAGGAAGUCUAUCCUCCUCCUCUUCAGUAUCUCUGCCAGCUUCAUAUUACUGUGGAUGACACAAGCUGUGUACACCAUUCACGAGCGAAUUACAUUAAACCACAUCAUUGAUCGGCUUCUCAAAAACCGCCUUCCAUUUGUUAUUGGGUACAUCGGGCCGAUGCUGCAGCUCCUCAGCUCCUGCAGCAACACCUGUAUUUAUGUCGUGACCCAGAGCAAAUUCAGAGAGGAUUUGAAGAAUGUGCUCAUUUAUCCCUUUCUCCUUGUUCAGCUGCUAGUGAAAUAACAGCUGGAGCUGGCCAUUCUCCUGAUUCCACUUCACGUUCCAUUCCCAAAGGCCUCACACUCUCUGCUAAAGCAAAACAUCACUGGAACAAUGAGAAUCAUGUGCCAAUUUACAAAUUGUGCAAUAUUUGACUUGGUACCUACAGAAUGCUGAUUGAUGCAAAUUUCUUCACUUUCAUCUUUAUUAUCAAACAGCUGAAACAAAAUGAAACUCGGUAAAAUUAUACAGAAAGAGACGUUUAACCUUUAUCUUCGUAUCACUAUAAGUGGGUCCUCUUGUUCCCCCAGCUGGCUAUAAUUUCUGAUGCUGCAUUCAUUUUACUUGCCCCCUUUUAGAUAUUUUGAGUCAAAAAGUGUGGUGCUGGAA